AUGAACAAAACUCUGACUUUUAGAGUUUUACAGCGCGUUAUAUCAUUGCCACAGCUGUUCCAACCCACUAGGUCAACAAAACUCUACAACCGAACGUCUGUUGAGACCUACACUGGCCCAGAAUAUGAAGAAUACUUGAGACAAAAACAAAAUCCAUCUCGAAGAGUUAAAAAUACAAUCAAAAAUGAAAAACUGGCAAAUUUUCGAGAAGAAUUGCCACCACCAUUGGAAAAGUUAAAAUUCCGAAAAAUCAGCAACGAAACUAGAAAUUUAUUUCGAAAAAUGAUAAACAAUGUCAAGUCUUCUUCAUAUAGAGAAAACCAUAAUGUCUGUUUGCUGCGAGGAAAAAAUCUGAUCAGAGAAGCCAUGAUUGCCGGUGGUUUUAUAAGAACAAUUUAUUUCAGUGAAUUGAAAUUACUAGAGAAACUGCCAAUAGAUAUUGUUCAAAAAACAAACUUGGUGCAUGUCCCGAUUGCUGCUAUGCGUGAAAUGUCCGAUGAAAGGACAGAUGGGUUAUUUGCAUUGGCAACCCAGCAAGAUGCAAAAACAAGACAGAAAAUACGAACUCAGAGAAUUGAGUCGGUCAAGCAAAAAGAAAGCACCAUUCUACCUGUUACUUUAAUAUGUGAAGGUAUCAAAGAUCCAAAAAUAAUGGGGGAUAUUUUGAAAGUUGCAAGUUGUGUUGGAUGUGAAGAGGUUUAUGUAAUGGAUGGCUGUGUUAGUAUCUGGAACACAAGUGUUUUAAAACGCGGCGGCGGUGCCCACUUUAAACUGCCUAUCUUACCAAACCAGCAAUGGGAGAAUGUGGAGAAACUGGUCUCAAACAGCAAACCUGAUGCAGUUUUCUUGUCUCAUAAUUGUGAAGAAGGUUUAACGAUAAUUGAUUUUAAACAAGAUCCUGUGGUAGUUGCAAUUAACAAAGGUUCAAGUGUUCUAGAUACUCUGAAAAGGGAAUCCACAGUUAAGUUAGACAAUAAAGAAGACAGAAUUAAAAAUGCACAUAUACCCUCGAUAAAUUUUGAUCAGGCCAAUUGGCCAACUAAACAAAGUGUGCUAGUAGUUGGUAGUAUCAGUUUUGGGGCGUACAGUUUUGCCGUUAACCUCCAGGAGACUGUGGAACAGUGCCAUGUUAUAAAUUUACCUCUGUCAAGGAAAACGGAGUCAUUAAGUCCAUCCAUUGAAGCAAGUGUGCUACUAUUUGAUGCUCUGCGACAAAUAGGAAAAAACAAAAACCUGGAAUAA